AUGAGUUUGAAUGUUUAUUUCUUUGUUUUUUGCCUGAUUUUACUUAAUAAUGCGGCUUUGGCCGUUCGUGGAACUUUCCGUAUGCGAUUGAUGUCAUCUAGUCCCGCCAUUGUACGUGUCUGUUUGAAGGAAUGGCAAUGGGCUAUCGUUCAAGAUGGACGUUGCUCUCUUGGAAAAUCUAAUAUAACCCUCAGUCCAGAGAGAGAACGUGAAAUUCAAAUACCUUUCAUAGGCAUUUGGCCUGUGAACAUCUCAAUCAUCGUUGACGGUUUCAAUGGAAAAGAAGAACGUAUUGGUGGAAUGGCAUGGCGUGGACCAGUAGCUGCAGGACAAGAUUGGACUAAUGAAUAUCCAAAUGGUUUUAAUGUCAGCUAUCGUUUCGAAUGUCAAGAAUCUUUCUAUGGCUCUCAGUGUAAAGUUAUGUGCAUUGAGAGAGACAACUUCUCUGGUCAUUAUACUUGUGGCAGUCAAGGGGAGAAGAUUUGCAAAAACGGCUGGACAGGACAGAACUGUAAUGAACCCGUUUGCGAAAGUGGAUGUGUAAAUGGAACAUGUAUUGCUCCCAACACCUGUUCAUGUAAGAGUGGAUUCACCGGUUCAUCAUGCUCUGUUUGUAUUCCUCAUGAGGAUUGUAUUCACGGAACUUGCGCCAAUAACAAACCUUUCACUUGUGCUUGCAAGGCUGGAUGGACAGGUCAUUUCUGCGAUGAAGAUCUUCACUUCUGUAGUCAUCAUACUCCAUGUCAAAAUGGCGGGACUUGCAUGAACGGAAGAUUGUCUCGACGACAAAGACGAGGCGUUGAAUAUACUUGUACCUGCCCUUCUGGAUUCGGUGGAGCUAACUGCGAGACCAAAUUGACUGAUCAACACUGUGGCGACAACGAAAUCUGCUAUAAUGGAGGAGAAUGUGUUAUGGCAGCCAACAGCAAUAGCACGUUGCAGUGUCGAUGCCCUUCUGGGUUUGUGGGACCACGUUGUCAGUAUGAUGUCUCUAAAUUCGAACUCGGAUACGAUCCUUGCGCAAAAAAUCCUUGCCAAAAUGGUGCAACAUGUGGACGUCAUCGUUCUGAAGCCCUCUGUCAAUGUUCUUCCCCAUGCUAUUCUGGUCCAUUCUGUUCCAUUGUUAAUCAGGAGUGCUUGCUUAAAGAAUCCAAAAAUUUUGCAUCAUCCCGAUCAUAUGUGACAAUUGAAAAGGAGAAGAACAAGGAAUCGAAGGGGCCUUUGCUUCUAUUGGGCAUGAUUUCACUAACCUUAUCUUUCCUGGUAUUAGUGUUAGGCUUCUUCGUCCUGUCCCGCAGAGUCAUUCAACUGAGUAGUCAGCGCUCAAGGCCUUCAAACCUCUCCACCCCAACCAUUUACAAGAUUGAUUUACGUGACAGGCCAUUUAAGGAUGCUCCGCCACCAUAUUAUCAAUCGAACACUGUGCCAACAUUGUCAGCUCGACCAGCCCUAUUCGGAGAUGUGAAGUACGUAGAAUUAGAACGAAGAAGUUCUAUAAGCCCUUGUGGCGACAACAUGACAUCCACAAGCUCACUGGAUCCAUUAGUAUCCAAAGCUCUGGAUAAAAGCUGUCCAAAGUUGUAA